CCCGCCCUGCGCGGAGAGAAUGUUCAAUAGUGUCAUCCACCCGGGAUCGUCCGCUAAAAAGGAGGAAAAUCACAGGCUUCCAUAAAAGUUUUCCUGCCGUGAGAGGAUCGGCCUCGCGGACGACCGCGCCCUGAGGAUUACACGUUGUUUUAUAUUAUCGACAUAGAAUUAUUACAGAUUAUGGACGCGUUGAAAUCAGCCGGGCGUGCGAUCAUUCGCAGUCCCAGUCUGGCGAAACAGUCGUGGAUCUCUGGAAGACAUAAAAAGCUGCCGGAGAACUGGACGGACACGCGGGAGACUCUGUUGGAGGGGAUGGUCUUUCAGCUGAAGUAUUUGGGCAUGACACUGGUACAGGAACCCAAAGGAGAAGAGCUCUCGGCAGUCGCUGUGAAGAGAAUCGUCGCCACAGCUAAAGCGAGUGGUAAGAAGCUUCAGAAGGUGACGCUAAAGGUUUCUCCUCGAGGAAUUGUUCUCCAUGAUGGCGUAUCAAAUCAGCUGAUAGAGAACAUAUCCAUAUACAGGAUAUCGUACUGUACGGCAGAUAAAAUGCAUGACAAAGUGUUCGCCUACAUCGCUCAGACUCAAGGCAGCGAGACGCUGGAGUGCCACGCAUACCUCUGUGCCAAGAAGAAGGUGGCUCAGGCCGUGACAUUAACCGUGGCCCAGGCCUUCCGUGUGGCGUUCGAGUUUUGGCAGGCUGCUAAAGAAGAGAAAGAGAAAGGGAAGCAGGUGAAGUGUGUGUCAGAUGAAGAAGCAGCGAGCAGCUCUCCGUCUGAUAGUUCAGCGAGUUUGGGAAGCGUGAGAGGAGGAGAGGUGGCCACGGGGAAUCUUCUGGAUCUUGGAGCUGGUGUGAAAGAUCACUCACGACAGAACCACACACACCCUGCACAGAACUUCAGUACAGAAAACAACAACACUGUAUGGGAACUGGAGGAUGGUCUAGAUGAAGCCUUCUCAAGACUCGCUCAGUCUCGCACUAACCCCCAGGUGCUGGACAUUGGGGUAAACCCUCAAGACUGCAACACCGAGGAGUGCUUGUCGCCUAGCAACUGGGACAAAGCUGAUGUUGAGGCUGCCGACGGCGAGGAUGCGUUCGCAUUUGGAGAGGCGAUUUGAGGGUGAGGGGCGAAGGGGAAUGAGCUAAUGAUACACAAAGGGAAUCAACCUCGCUGUUAUCUGCGUAGCGCCGUCCGGUGGCUGAAGCUGGAACUGCGUCCAGCAUGUUGGCAAAGCUAACAUGACUUCUGUAAGAGCACAGACCAAAGCAAUACGGUAUAACAGUAUAUUAUUUGCCAUUGGUAUUUUUACAAAUAUUUUAAUUGUGUUGUGACAUUAACAUUUUGUGUUUCUUUGUCUUUGAAUACAACUUGUAUGUAUGUAUGUAUGUAUGUACAGUAUGUAUGUAUAUGAAAAUAUCUGUUUUAUGUUAGAUCAUUUAUUAUUACAUUAUUAUUUGAAUGCAUUUCAGUAAUAAUGCUUGCUUUGCAGUUCUAUGCAGUGGAAUGUCAGAUACAUUUUUUUGUGAGAUCAGCACUGUAUGAUCUCUGGUUGGGACUCUUUCAGGGUUGUGUGGAGCUGGUUGAAGCGCCGGUGAAGGUUUUCAUGCGGCAGUUCCCUGCCCUCAGAUGUAUGAGAAACAUACAAUUAUAAAAAGAGAGAUUGAAUGAAUUCUUGAAAUGGUUUAAUGAACACGAUAGACAACAAGCAGGGUAUUUAUAUGAGACAAUCUUAUUUUUUGCUAUUAGACUGUAUUUUUGCACUGUCUGUGUAUUUCUAAAGCUCAUGAUGUCAUUCAGGUAAUCAAGGUAGUUACAAACUUUUUUCUGCUUGUUACGCAAACAUAUGUUUGCUUAUUGUUAAUGUUUCAUUGUGUCAUUUGUACUUCCCAUACAAACAGUACUGUGGCAGUACCACAGUAGUGAUGGAAUCGGAUGGUACUAUGGUCCUUUUUAUAUACCAUGGUAAUGUCUGAUUGCCGUAAUCAUGUCUUUUUACUAUAAGGUACUUCAAAAACUAUGAUAUUGAUAUUUACCAUCAUAGCAGUAACCAAAAGGUUGAUUUCAGUGUCACUUUACAUCUAUAGCCAAGACCUACCUGCAAUGAGAACCGUAAUAUAUAAUUUUCUGAAUUGUAUUAUUCAUGUCAAGAUAACAGUAAUAAUCAUCAGCCGUGAACUGACUGAAAUAUAACAUUGUGGAUUUGCUUUUAACUGUGAUUUAAUUGCUGUCCAAAGAUAUGCAGUGGUUUACAUUGAAGCUUGUUUGUAUUUUGUAACUAUUUAGCUUGCAUUGGAGCUUUUAUAUCUCUCAACAUAUCAACGUUUUCAUUAAUCAUUUCAUGUUCUUUGUCAUAUUUAAAAUUAAAGCAAUUCUACAAAAGUGCUGCUUGUUGACUGUGGUUAAG